CAGAUUGAUCUUAACUUCUAAGAUUUAAGAUUAAAUUAACGCUGUUUGAAACAGAACAUUGUUUUCAUCAUGAUUGUUACUAAAGAUGAGAGACCAAAGUCCAGAAACCAUGAUUUUUACCUUUUUCAUGCCCUGAUGAUGCUAAGCAUGACCAUGCUGUUUCUUCCAGUCACUGGAACGUCUAAGCAAAAUAUUCCACGACUCAAGCUAACCUACAAAGACUUGCUGCUUUCAAAUAGCUGUAUUCCCUUUUUGGGCUCAUCGGAAGGACUGGAUUUCCAAACCACUUUGUUAGAUGAGGAGAGGGGCAGGCUGCUGCUGGGAGCCAAGGACCACAUCUUCCUGCUCAGUCUGGUUGACAUAAACAAAAAUUUUAAGAAGAUUUAUUGGCCUGCUGCAAAGGAACGGGUGGAAUUGUGUAAAUUAGCUGGGAAAGAUGCCAAUACAGAAUGUGCAAAUUUCAUCCGGGUACUUCAACCCUAUAACAAAACUCAUGUUUAUGUGUGUGGAACUGGAGCAUUUCAUCCAAUAUGUGGAUAUAUUGAUCUUGGAAUCUACAAGGAGGAAGUUAUGUUCAAACUAGACACACAUCAUUUGGAGUCUGGCAGACUGAAAUGUCCUUUUGAUCCUCAGCAGCCUUUUGCUUCAGUAAUGACAGAUGAGUACCUCUACUCUGGAACAGCUUCUGAUUUCCUUGGCAAGGACACUGCAUUCACGCGGUCCCUUGGGCCUACUCACGACCACCAUUACAUCAGAACUGAUAUUUCGGAGCACCACUGGCUCAAUGGAGCAAAAUUUAUUGGAACUUUCCCCAUCCCAGACACCUAUAAUCCAGAUGAUGAUAAAAUAUAUUUCUUCUUUCGUGAAUCAUCUCAAGAAGGGAGUACUUCUGAUAAGACCAUCCUUUCUCGAGUUGGAAGAGUUUGUAAGAAUGAUGUAGGAGGACAACGCAGCCUGAUAAACAAAUGGACCACUUUUCUCAAGGCCAGACUGAUUUGCUCAAUUCCUGGAAGUGAUGGGGCAGAUACUCAUUUUGAUGAGCUUCAAGACAUUUACUUACUCCCCACAAGAGAUGAAAGAAAUCCUGUAGUAUAUGGAGUCUUUACCACAACCAGCUCCAUCUUCAAAGGCUCUGCUGUGUGUGUGUAUAGCAUGGCCGACAUCAGAGCAGUUUUUAAUGGUCCAUAUGCGCAUAAGGAAAGUGCAGAUCAUCGUUGGGUGCAGUAUGAUGGAAGAAUUCCUUAUCCCCGACCUGGUACAUGUCCAAGCAAAACCUAUGACCCACUGAUUAAAUCCACCCGAGAUUUUCCAGACGAUGUCAUCAGUUUCAUAAAGCGGCACCCUGUGAUGUAUAAAUCAGUAUAUCCAGUUGUGGGAGAACCAACAUUCAAGCGCAUCAAUGUGGAUUACAGACUGACACAGAUUGUGGUGGAUCACGUUGUCGCAGAAGAUGGCCAGUACGAUGUGAUGUUUCUUGGAACGGACGUUGGAACAGUCCUAAAAGUUGUCAGCAUUUCAAAGGAGAAGUGGAAAAUGGAAGAGGUAGUACUGGAGGAGUUACACAUAUUCAAGCAUUCAUCAAUCAUCUUGAACAUGGAGCUGUCUCUGAAGCAGCAACAGUUGUACAUUGGUUCCCGAGAUGGACUGGCUCAGCUCUCCUUGCACAGAUGUGACACUUAUGGGAAAGCUUGUGCAGACUGCUGUCUUGCCAGAGACCCCUACUGUGCCUGGGAUGGAAAUGCAUGCUCUCGCUAUGCACCCACUUCAAAAAGGCGAGCUAGACGCCAAGAUGUGAAGUAUGGGGACCCAAUCACCCAGUGCUGGGACAUAGAAGACAGCAUUAGUCAUGAAGCUGCUGAUGAAAAGGUGAUUUUUGGCAUUGAAUUUAAUUCAACCUUUCUGGAAUGUAUACCUAAAUCCCAACAAGCAUCUAUUAAGUGGUAUAUCCAGCGGUCAGGAGAUGAAUAUCGAGAGGAGUUGAAACCCGAUGAAAGGAUCAUCAAAACAGAAUACGGGCUACUGAUUCGAAGUUUGCAGAAGAAGGACUCUGGGAUGUAUUACUGCAAAGCACAGGAGCACACUUUUAUCCACACCAUAGUGAAGCUGACUUUGAAUGUCAUUGAGAAUGAACAGAUGGAAAAUACCCAGAGGGCAGAGCAUGAGGAGGGGCGGGUCAAGGAUCUGUUGGCUGAGUCACGGUUGAGAUACAAAGACUAUAUCCAAAUCCUUAGCAGCCCAAACUUCAGCCUCGACCAGUACUGCGAACAGAUGUGGCACAGGGAGAAGCGGAGACAGCGAAACAAGGGCGGCCCAAAGUGGAAGCACAUGCAGGAAAUGAAGAAGAAACGAAAUCGAAGACAUCACAGAGACCUAGAAGAGCUUCCUAGAGCUGUGGCUACAUAGUUUUCUAUUUAAUUUAAAGAAAAAGAAGUCUUCACCUGCAA